AUGGGAAAUUGCUGCAGAUCUCCGGCGGCCGUUGCCAGAGAAGACGUUAAAUCUAACUUUUCCGGUCACGAUCACAGCCGCAAAGACUCACACGCUAACAAGAAGCAACCGAUCACUGUGUUACACGGAGUCCCAAAAGAGAACAUCGAAGAGAGGUACUUAGUGGACCGUGAGCUCGGCCGUGGGGAGUUCGGCGUGACGUACCUCUGUAUCGAGCGUGAAACGCGUGAAUUGCUGGCCUGUAAAUCGAUAUCCAAGCGGAAAUUGCGAACGGCCGUUGAUAUCGAAGAUGUGAGACGUGAAGUGGCGAUAAUGAAACAUUUGCCGAAGAAUUCGAGUAUUGUGAGCUUGAAGGAGGCGUGUGAGGACGACAAUGCGGUGCACCUAGUAAUGGAGUUGUGUGAGGGUGGAGAGCUUUUUGAUCGGAUUGUUGCGAGAGGCCAUUAUACGGAAAGAGCGGCCGCGGCGGUUACGAGAACGAUUGUGGAGGUUGUGCAGUUAUGUCACAAGCAUGGUGUGAUUCAUAGAGACUUGAAGCCUGAGAAUUUUUUGUUCGCGAAUAAGAAGGAGAAUUCGCCCUUGAAGGCUAUUGAUUUCGGACUCUCCAUAUUCUUCAAGCCUGGUGAGAGGUUUUCUGAAAUUGUUGGGAGUCCAUAUUACAUGGCUCCUGAGGUGCUCAAGCGAAAUUAUGGACAGGAAAUUGAUAUAUGGAGUGCAGGAGUUAUCCUUUAUAUUUUGCUGUGUGGGGUUCCUCCAUUUUGGGCUGAAUCUGAACAAGGGGUCGCACAGGCUAUUCUUCGGGGGCUAAUAGACUUUAAAAGGGAUCCAUGGCCAAACAUUUCAGAAAGUGCCAAGAGUCUAGUCAGGCAAAUGCUGGAGCCUGACCCAAAGCUUCGACUAACUGCGAAGCAAGUGCUUGAGCAUCCUUGGCUCCAAAAUGCUAAAAAAGCUCCAAAUAUUCCUCUUGGAGAUGUUGUCAAGUCAAGGCUCAAGCAGUUUUCAAUGAUGAACAGAUUUAAAAGAAAAGCUCUCAGGGUUAUUGCCGAUUUCUUGUCCAUUGAGGAAGUUGAAGACAUCAGAGAGAUGUUCAAGAAGAUGGACAGUGAUAAUGAUGGAAUUGUUUCAAUUGAGGAGUUGAAAUCUGGCCUUAGAAACUUUGGCUCCCAGCUUGCAGAAUCUGAAGUUCAGAUGCUCAUUGAAGCUGUAGAUACUAAUGGGAAAGGAACACUCGACUAUGGUGAAUUUGUUGCUAUUUCUGUCCAUCUACAGAGAAUAGCCAAUGAUGAGCAUCUUCACAAGGCCUUUUCCUACUUUGACAAGGAUGGUAAUGGCUUCAUUGAGCCAGAUGAGCUCUGUGAUGCCUUGAUGGAAGAUGGAGCUGAUGAUUGUACUAAUGUUGCAAAUGACAUCUUCCAAGAAGUAGACACGGACAAGGAUGGGCGAAUUAGCUAUGAUGAAUUCGUGGCCAUGAUGAAAACAGGAACUGACUGGAGAAAGGCUUCUCGUCACUACUCAAGAGGAAGAUUCAACAGUCUGAGCAUUAAGUUGAUGAAAGAUGGUUCUCUAAAUUUGGGCAGUGAGUAGGAUGUAUGUAUUCGUAGGCUUUGUUCAGUUCAUUUAAUCGACUCAAGUACCGACGCUUCCCAUACAUUGUGGACCUACUACUUCCUUUUGUGAUUAUUUGUGGGGUCCCUGAUUAUAUGGGAUCCUUUUGCUUGGUGGUUUACAAGAAUGAUGGAGGGCCGAGAAUAACUUGUUUAUCUUCUCUGCAAGUAUUUAAUCUGUGUAAAAACCUUGCAGCCGUGAUACACCACUUGUGAUUGUGCCCUUCUUUACCACGUCAACCUCUGAUAAUUGUUUCUUGUUCAAAGUAUGGGAGUGGCGAACUGAGCUUUGUAGUUCUGUAGUAUAUUGUUGUCCAAGAUAUAUGGCCACCCUAGUGUCUGCGCCUGCUUUUUCCUUCAAAUUUCCCAAGUUCAAACAAAUCAAAGUGUAGUAAGCAGUUGCUAAAUGACUAUUUGCAAUUCAAUAAUACUAAUCUCACUAAGUCCUCUCGUUAAUCCCAUGUGAGAGUUUGUAAGUUUGUGAUUGGCUUGAUUAGGUGGGAUCUAUUAUUGGAGAGACAGGACUCAUGUGAACUGAUGAAUUGUAAACUGACAUGUGACGUUAGUAAGAGAAAGUUAGUGAGAAAUAUUAGUAA